GUUAUUUCCUUUGAUCUGGUGAGUUGUGCAAGGCGUGUUGGAACCGCUUUGACCCUUACCAUGGAAUUGUUAUCAAUACUGGUGAUUACGUCAACGGAGUCUACUUUUUCUGCUCACGUAACGUACAUCCCCAUUAGACAAUUACGUGUUAUUAAUUGUCAACAUGAAAUAAACUUAUACAAGCACAAAGUUUAGGGUACCUAUAGUUUAUACUAAUAGAUAUAAUAAGUUGAAUCCCGUCGACUUUAUCAAAUUAAUUGCUAAUAUUAGUAACUCUGUGGUAAGGGAAAACCCGUAGGAAUCCUGUGUCUUUUAUUUUUUUUUCCCAAUGCCUGGACGUGAUUAAGUGUUGACGGCUUUCUUGACAUACCAAAGAGAAAUAGUAAUCGAUCUCCUUGGAUAUGUCUGGGAAGUCGGAUCUCAAAAUUCAUAUUACGGCCUGGUGGAAUAAAUAUAUAUCACAAAAAGUUAAAUUAAAUGCCGCACGAGUGCGGGCGUGAGCGUUAUUUCUAUUUUAAUCAUAAAAUAUAAAAAAAAUAUAUUAUAAAUAUUUUUCUAAAGUACUUUAUUUUAUUGAAAUAUCUAUAGCGGCAUUUAAAAAAUCGAUGAACGUGUUUUAGCACGCGAUUAUAACAACUACAGAUUGUAUGAUAUCAACCACGACAUAUAUUUUUACAUGUUCUGUUUAUUAUAAUCAGUAUGCAAAUACGUCUGUCAUAUAUUUCGGGGCUUACAAAUUUUGUCCAACGACGAACGAUAGAGAAAUAAGGUUUUAUUUGUUUACGAAAUAAAUACAUACAUGAUACAACUACAAGUGCUGAAGGGACAUUUCACGACAUUAUGUUUUCUUUUUCUUCAUCUGUUUUGCUUAUGUUGAAUGAGGGAGGAGUCAUUUUAUGUUUAUUUUGAUCACGACCUUGGAAAUUGCAUUAGAAUUUAAAGAUGUAACAGACUUGGCGACUUUCACAGUUCAGAAAUUUCAAGGAUGUUCAUAACAUUUACAGCUAUUUCCAGAAUUAAAUUACAUUAAUUUUCUAAAUGGCCACCCUUUUUACAAUCCUGAGCCAACACUAACACAAAUUCCUAUAAACAAGCUGUUCGUAUUGUUUCCGCUCCCCUUUAUUUCCGUUGUGUUGUUUUCGACAAUGUUUUAUUUUAUUCCAUCAUACACCAUCGAUCUGGGUGCGUACUUAUAUAAAUCUUUCAGGCGGAAGGUGAGUAAUUAGUGGUGUGGUUCACAAAAGGCACCGCGUGACUGACACGUGUAUGCUCCACUAGGGUUUAGAAGUUUUUUUGUAAUGAUAUAUCAACAGUAUAUUUUGCUUGGUACUUAGAUGGGCCAGCCGUAGUCAGCGUCAAUAUAUUUGUCCGAAGUAUAUCAAAAAUCGAUGACGUCACAAUGGCGAUGCGCCAACGUUAGUCCGCGUCAACCUGUACCUACGAUCCAUCAGCAAAAUAGAUGAUUACAAAAUGGAAUACUCUGUCCAAUUGACAUUCAGAGAACAAUGGUUAGAUGAGAGAUUGAAAUUUAACAAUUUAGGCGAUCGUCUCAAGUACCUGACCCUUACGGAAGCCAACAGGGUAUGGAUGCCGGAUCUUUUCUUCUCCAAUGAGAAAGAGGGGCACUUCCACAACAUCAUUAUGCCGAACGUGUACAUCAGGAUCUUCCCCAACGGGAACGUGCUGUACAGCAUCCGAAUCUCUCUUACCUUGUCAUGCCCGAUGAACCUAAAGUUAUAUCCUUUGGACAAGCAGACGUGUUCUCUGAGAAUGGCCAGUUACGGCUGGACAACUGACGACUUGGUGUUCCUGUGGAAGGAAGGUGAUCCAGUGCAGGUGGUCAAGAACCUGCACCUCCCGCGGUUCACUCUGGAGAAGUUCCUGACAGAUUACUGCAACAGCAAGACUAAUACCGGUGAAUACAGCUGUUUGAAGGUGGACCUGCUGUUCAAGAGAGAGUUUAGUUACUACCUCAUCCAGAUCUACAUUCCCUGCUGCAUGCUGGUUAUAGUGUCGUGGGUGUCGUUCUGGUUAGACCAGGGAGCAGUUCCCGCCCGAGUGUCCCUUGGAGUGACGACCCUACUGACCAUGGCGACUCAGUCGUCCGGGAUCAACGCGUCCCUACCCCCCGUCUCAUACACGAAGGCCAUCGACGUAUGGACGGGGGUGUGCCUGACCUUCGUGUUCGGGGCGCUGUUGGAGUUCGCCCUGGUGAACUAUGCGUCCCGCUCCGACAUGCACAGGGAGAACAUGAAGAAAACGAGACGGGAGAUGGAAGCGGCCGCCAGCAUGGACGCCGCCUCCGACCUCCUCGACACUGACAGUAACACGACCUUCGCUAUGAAGCCGCUGAUGCGCGGCGCCGGCGACAAGAUGCGGCAGUGCGAGAUCCACAUCAAGAGCAAGCCCAAGAACUGCUGCCGCCUCUGGAUGUCCAAGUUCCCGACUCGCUCCAAGCGCAUCGACGUCAUAUCACGCAUCACCUUCCCGCUGGUGUUCGCGCUCUUCAACCUCGCCUACUGGUCCACGUACUUGUUCCGUGACGAGGACGAAGAGAAGUGAUUCUCCGGGUGGAGCGCGAGCUGGGCGGACACGGUGCUCCUGGUGGUGGCGGUGCUGGCGCCGUACGUGUUGUUCGCGCUGGUGUACCUGUGGUGCCUCCUGCCCCGGCCCGCGCCGCGCCGCCAGCGCCGUCUCUGACGACCGCCCGCCGCGACCACCCGCGUCUGACUGGCCCUCCCGCUGGCCGUGCUCGCUUAUCUAGCCUACGAGAGUCAGCGCCCCGAUUGUCCGAACGGUUCCUAUUGAACCCUCGCUGGUCACUCGCCCGCUCUUCGGAAUCCUUAAACUAUGCAUCCGGCGAAUACACCCCUUGUUAUUAUUUAUUUUCUCCCGAUUGCUUUACCAAGGCCCAUCUUUCGUUACAUCCUGUGACUCCGUUCGAAGACUUUCUCAUUACAGCUGACCUGGUGUAGGGCGCCAUCGCAGUUUAGACAUAGACUAUAGUUAGCUUCCACGAGACACAGACUGCACCUUCACGACACUGCUAGCUGGUGAGAGUGUGUUACGACCGGGACAGUGACCGACAGUGACGUGCGCGGGAGCGUCGCGGCGACAACCAUUGAUUCAUUGUAAAAAAGAACAUUCUAAUAUAAAUAAUGAAAAUUUUGGAUAAUUUUACCCGCUCGAGCGCCGAUGGCGUCGCGUUGUGUAGUUAGUUACAUUAGCAAAUAAUAGCACAAUAGUUUAAAACUGUCGGCGAAUAAUUUGCGAAAUGUUGCGAAUACUUGUCGGUGCAAAAGAUAUGAAAACUCAGUUUAAUUUUUCUGUUCACUUUAAAAAUAUUCGGUGCUCUAGUUAGUUAAACCUUAUUGUGUUUAGUACAGUUUUAAUUAAGCUACAUUAAAUUUUUUUUUCCUACAACAAACACCAGCUAUUCGCAACUCUUCGCUGUCAAACGUCAGUGUCAGUAGCGUACAAUAUAAUCUGUGGUAAAUGUAAGGUUGUAUGAAUCACUUAGACGUAUACCCAUGACAUAUUGAUCCUAAUGCCUUUUAUAAUAAGGAUCGAUUUUGUGUACAUACAUGUUUACAAUUAGUUAAGUCACAGUAUUUGGACCUUAUCUCUUAGAGAAUAGAGUUCAUGUUCCAACUUUUAGUGUUAGAUCUAGACAGUUGUCGUAUCUAGAGAGGGUAAUUACCUAAUAUUUAAAUGAAUUUAUUACCCACUAAAGGUAUUUAUACGUAGUCUUAGACGGUAUCUUUUUCAACUUAUGAAGCAAUACGGAUUUUUGGAACCUUAGUUGAUGAAAAUUCGAUACAUCUUUGAAAAAGGUACUGUAAAAAGUAGGUAUCUGAUGUAUAUAACAACCUACUCUACACCUGUGUCGCUCACUGUACAGCCAACUAGUGUAAGGUUUACUAACAGGUUCACUGUCUCACUUAUAAAUGAUUACAGCAUGAUUGUUUUAAUUACAACUAUAGAAGUCACAUGAUGAUAUGUUCGCGUUGUAUUUAAUAUUUGUAAAAAAUAGAAAAUUCUCAACAUGUUGAUGGAUAUUUGUAAGUUGAUAUCGCGAUUUAAAGGGUUCUCCGUGGACAGCUUUAGGAAUCAGUUGUCUAGAGUCUUGUCUGACAUAAAAUGCCUUCACUCGAUGGAAAAAUACAAAUAUCAUGUCUUUUGGCGGCUAAUGCGUGGGUUAGGACAACAUUAAGACAUUAACGGUAAAACAAACUAUUAGCUGAAUAUGGAGACGUCACAAGGAACUCCGAAUUACUUUAAAUCUAUUCAAUUCUCUGUUUUAUCGUCCCUUUAAUGGGCUGUACAUCUCGUCCCUCUAUGUAUAGUCACGGGAACCUUAUUCAUUUUUAAUUUAAAGCCAAAACACACGCAUGUCUUGUUGAUAUUAUCCUUUUAAAUUGUAGAAGUUCAUUAAUGAGGUAACGUUCCACAAUAUAUUUAGAUAUUAGAAUGAUCACAAAAAACAAAUGAGGAGUUUCCUCUCCGUAUUGGGGCGGAGCAGAAUACCUUCCCCAAUCCCGUGUCGGGAGAGCAGGGUGUCGUAAGAGGCGACAGAACCCGACGGUGGUAGGGCUCGGGCCCGCCUGGUUGGAUACCACCCUCUUGUAUGAGUCCGUCGAGCUUCUCGACUUAACAAGAGACCAGGGAAAGUUUUCUACGCGGGAAGGAGAGCAACAGGCCGCAGCUAUCUCCUCAUUUAUUUCAUGUAGUUACUCGUGUAUCUACAGCGUGGGUACGGCUGGCGUUGUAUUUUCAUUUGCAGUCGAGUUACUUAUGUUGUUUUCCUCCCGUUCUGGCAUUUGCUUUUGUUUCGCCAUUGGAGUAGAGGCUAUUGUUUGUUAUUACCCUAUGUUGAUUAAAUUUUUAUUUCUUUUUGUUGCGUACUUUAGACUGAGUUCCGUAAGUUUUCUGUUUAUGGUGAGUCGUGAUUUUGAUUUGUUCGUUUCAUUUUCCUAAGUUCUUUUCACUUAUAUUGGUGCGCUGGGGCUCAGCGAACAGUGUCGGGAAAUAGAUGAGAAGAUAGCCAAAGUUCUGUUCGGCAAAAGUUUUAAGAUGGAUGAACAAAUUGUAAAUACUAGUCAUAGUUAAGUGCGUCGGCUGAUCUUUAUAAAUAUAGUGUAAGGUUUAGCGGGAUUUGGCAUCACACGAAGCGCCAAGUUAUCGGAGAUUGUUUAAGUCUUCGUAGUUGUCUGUGAUCUUUCGCGUUCCGUUGUGGUUGGUGUUACCGCCAUGUGUUUCUAUUUUACGACCAUAGGGUAGACAAGUGUGGUCGUAGAGUUCACGCACAUAUUUUAUGGUAGCCGGAAGUGCUUUGCCGCCCCGAAAGGCACGAGGCUUGGCCGUAGCGCUUCAGGACACCAUAAGACCGCGGCAGCCGCAACCUUCCCCAGACUCGUCUACUUUGGGUUCAAUAUCCGUCUUCCGUCACCUUCGACCUAAAGUUGACUCGGGUGCCGGCCGCUUCUGUAUUGUAAAUAGUUUCUGUGAGCUGUUUAUGUUCUUUUUUUUGAUGACGUCUUUCCCUCGGGGCUCCUGUUGUCCGAUCUUUGAAUGGGAACUCGACGGAAAGCCGGUGGGUUGUAUAAUCGUCAUCUUAGGAGAUUUCAGCUCGAUUCUGAUGGGACACGGAUCAAGGUCUUCGAGUCUCUCCCCCGCUUCUUUUAUUUCCUCUGUCCCCUUCUAUUUCUAUUCUUCGUUAUGUUAUUUUGGAAUAGUUCCAAUACCGAGGACUUAAACAUUAGCCGAGUCAGUCGCCGCACUUAAGUCGCUACUACACCAAUAAAGAAUAACAUAAUUAUUCUUUCUUGGCUGCCAGUGAUACUCUACGUAUCGUAAUUAAAGUUAAAUACUCAUAAUAUAUAGGAAUAAUAUAUUUCAAUACUUAUAACCACAAUGACUUAAUAUAAAACGUGCAAUGGUAUGUGAAUCGUUUAUAAAACAAUCAUGCUGUUAUGUAGUUCGUACAUAUUUCAAUGUUAUAUAUCACUAUCGCUGUGUUCGAUAUAAUAAUAUAUUAAUAUAUGGAAAGAUUCAACAAUUUUAAGAAAAUUUUUCGUUCGCCAUCUCGCUCAUUUUUCUCUUUCCGUCCCUUUUUUUCAGUGACGCUAGUUUUUUUAUAAACAUGAAUUGAAUUAGUUCGAGCAUUACUAUGUAAAGACUCAAAUUAAUUUUACAGCUCGGAUGCUAUUUUAAUUUUGUAAAAAAACCGAUUUUUUCGGAACUAGCCCGGCGUAGUGGACGAGAUUUAGUGUCCUAUAGAUAUUCUUGGGCUGUGAUUUAUCAGGUAUCCACGUUUUGGCAGCACUUUGUACGUCAUCGGUAGAUGUUGGGUCAAUUAUUGGGAGACGCGGUAAUUCAAUUUGUUUCUAUACGGAAUGAUUCGGUGUUGCCAUCAUAUUAUUUUCUAAUAAAACACACUCACUAUAUUAAUUCUCACAUAUAUUUAAAGGACAGUUGUAAGACGAAAUGUCGGAAAGGGAUUUUAAUAAAAUUAUACCCAUCUUA